UUUUCAUUGUAUAUACCUCCCCAGACAGCUCCUGGAGUCGAGAUUAUGGAACUAAUAUCAUAUUACAGAGUUGUUUUGUGGUAGCCUGCCUACGGGAUUCAUUAAAACCCAUCAGUAAAAAGUUGGCAACAACGACAACAAAAGAACAAUGACAAAGGGGAGGAGAGAUGGAGUGGAGGGGUCGUCUGACCAUUCCAACGCCAUUUGGAUUUGUCUAAGGAAAAAAAAAAAAAAAGUACUUACAGAGAGCUAGCUAGAGAGAGAGAGAGAGCUCUUUGAGAUCUAAGAUCUAUCCCUCCUCUGUGACCAAAGCGCGCGCGGAGAGGAAAGCGGUAGGGGGUAGCUAAAGCUAUGGCAGCAAAAGAGAAUAGCGUUGCAGCCGAAGAAACCUCGGGCUCGAGUUAGAAAGACGAAGAAGGAAGAGGAAGAGGAGUUGCUUGUUAUCUUCGGAAAUGGAGUCGCUGGAGAAGGUGUGAGGGAGGGAGGGAGAGAGGAGUGUGUUGCAGGGCUGAAUAGAGUUAGCACCAGCCUUUAAUGCUCUGUCUCCCUCUGCUCUGUUGUUGUUCAUGGUAGGUUUGCUAUAACAGGGGAAGAGGAGAGAGGGAAGUGCGGCUUCUUGCAUCGAUUUGCUUCGAGCUAUGGACGCCUACGAGGCAACGAGAGUGGUGCUGUCGAGGAUCCAAAGCCUGGAGCCGGAGAACGCUCACAGGAUCAUGGGGCUGCUCUUGCUGCAGGAGCACGGCGAGCAGGAGAUGAUUCGCUUGGCCUUCGCCCCGGAGACGAUGCUCCACUCCGUGGUUUUGAAAGCCCUAAAGGAGCUGGGUUUCGCGCCGGCCUCCGCUCCCGGAACCCCUGCCGGCGCCGCCUCGCCGUUGCUCCUCCGUCAGAACUCCGCCUCGCGGCUCCUCGCCGUUUCCUCGCCGUCGUCGUGGGCUCCGCCCCCGGUUUUCUCCCGCUCCAACAGCGGCGUGGGCGGGAAUGGUUUGAGCGCGUCGGUGGAUGAGCACCAGAGCUCGGAGGAGCUGGUUAGCCCUAGUAAUCUCGGCCUCUCGCCCUUCUAUGGCGCUGCUGAGCUCAUUGAUGAUUUCCACCUGCCGGAUCAGCUGGCUUUCCUUGGCGAACACGGCGCGGCCCCCAAUUCCAACCACCUGCUUUCUGUUGCUGCGAACGCCGGUGGAGGCAGCGAUGCGUUCAACCUGGACAUCGAGUGCCGAAGUCCUAGCGGCAACGGCGACGGCGCGAUGUUCCCCGGUAGGAUAGGCUGGGGGGUCAACGGCUACCACCACCGCCGGAGCAGCUCGGCCGCGGACCUCUGCCUCGGCGACCCGGCCGCGGGGUUCGGAUGGAAGCCGUGUCUCUACUUCGCGAGAGGCUACUGCAAGAACGGAAGCGCCUGCCGAUUCCUACACGGGCUCCCGGAGGACGGCGUGGCGGCCAAGAUGGACGCGGCGGUGGAGCAGCAGUGCCAGGAACUUCUGCUAAGGUCGAAAAGCCAGAGGAUGGGCGAUGCUUCUCAACUUUUGGCGUCUGCCUUCCCGUUCUCUCCCACUGGUUCGGUGCCGCCGUCACCUUCGUCUUCCUCGAGCAAAUGCCUCAACUUCUGGCUUCAACAGCAGCAAAAUGAAAGCCAAAGGGCGGCGACUGCGGCUGCGGCCGCUGCGGCAUUGAUGCUGGCUGGUGACGAUUCCCAUAAGUUCAUAGGUAGAUCAAGAAUGGAAAGAAAUGAUUUCAUGGCGAAUCCUGGCUCAAGACAGAUCUACUUGACCUUCCCAGCUGACAGCACAUUCAGUGAAGAGGAUGUCUCCAAUUACUUCAGCAUCUACGGGCCGGUGCAAGACGUGAGGAUCCCAUUCCAACAGAAGAGAAUGUUCGGCUUCGUGACCUUCGUCUACCCGGAGACCGUGAAAUUGAUCCUGGCCAAGGGGAAUCCUCACUUUGUCUGCGACUCCAGGGUUCUCGUCAAACCUUACAAGGAGAAGGGGAAAAUCCCUGAAAAAUUCAGGAAGCAGCAGCAGCAGGCUGAGACCUUUGAUCUUCAACAGCUUGCGGGAGCGCGGAUGAUGUUCAAUAAUGGAAGUUUCAACCAGGAGCUACUCCUGAGAAGAAAGCUAGAAGAGCAGCAACAAGCAGCAGAGCUGCAGCGAGCAAUUGAGCUGCAAGCUAGGCGAUUCACCGGCCUCCGGCUCAACCUAAACAACAUAAGCUUCUCAUCUUCUCCAGCAUCCAUCAACUCUCCUUCUAUUACUGCCGCCCAACCGAUUGGCAGCGUGGAUAGCAGCAGCAUCAAUGGCACCAAUUUCUGCAGCAGCAGUAGCCAGGAAGACUCACCGAAUGAGGAUAAGAGCAUCUGUGUUGCUGAAACAGAAGAGAAAUCAAAUGGCUAUGAUAAGAAUGAAUCUACCGGCGAGGCGAACCUCAAAGAAGAUGGCGAAUUGCUAGAAAGCGGCGAUCAUAACUUGCCCGAUAGCCCAUUUGCCUCCCCUACCGAUUCAUUCAUGCUCGAUUCACUCUCUAACAACGAAGACCGUACGACUACGAACAUUGUGAAUACUAGCAACACUCACAGCCAUCUAAAAGCCCCCUCCACAUUACAGCCAAUCGCUUCUUCCCCUGAUAAGCCCUCUCUGAGUUCAUGCUUCCUCCACAUGCCAAGGUUGUCCUCUGGCCACGGAGCUAUCGGCAUGUGAAGUCGCCAAGCGGAGUAAGUGAGCUCUCCCCAUCAUUGUAAGCCUCAGUCUCCAUUAGUGGAUUGUGACCCCCUCUUCUUUAUUCACUCAACUUUCACUUGAUUGUAGUAAUAUCCUAGUAAGCAAAGAAGAUAGUGGAAUAUAGCCAAAGAAAAGUUGCAAAUGGUUCCUGUGUAUUGCUUCUCCCUUUCCUUUUCGAGUAGUUUUCAAUUGUAAGCUUCAUAGGCAGCCAAGCAAGUCUACCAUUUGCUCUUCCAAUUCACCACCAAGAUACAAUUACUGUAGUUGCCGCCAUUGCUGUUAGCUAUAUCAUUACCCACCAAGAUACAACAAUCUUCCACACCAGGUACAGGAAACUCUAGACAAGGUGACAGAAAGCCGCACUAAGUUCUAAAAAGAAAUGAUACAGGAGAGGGGAAGGACCACUGAAGGUGAAGAGAGCCAUCGAGGGUCAAGAUAGAGCUGGAUGUUGUACAUGCAUGCAUGUGAUGUUCUGCAGUGGUCUCUUCUCUUGUUCCUCCACUCCGGUCUUUUACUUUUGGUUUCUUUUGUUGAUCCAAUAUUGUAGCUGACUUCAAAAUAGACAGAAUUGUUCACAAAAAGAGUUUAAAACAAAUAGUUUCUCUUCCUUGCUUGCUGUAA